AUGGCCUGUGUGGCGGCGCUCUUCAACAGCUACAGCUUCGUGGCUCCGCGACAGGCAAGCAUCCCGGCAGCUGCCAUCACUGCGGCUGUCGCCCCGGCAGCAGCCCAAGCUGCCGUGGACAUGCCGGAGAUCGACAUGGGCUCCAGCUUGAACCUCUCCGCCACUGUCGAAGCCCUCAUGCUCGGCAUCGUCAUGGGCACCGUUCCCAUCACGGUUUUCGGCCUUUUCGUCUCCGUGGCCAUGGCCUGUGUGGCGGCGCUCUUCAACAGCUACAGCUUCGUGGCUCCGCGACAGGCAAGCAUCCCGGCAGCUGCCAUCACUGCGGCUGUCGCCCCGGCAGCAGCCCAAGCUGCCGUGGACAUGCCGGAGAUCGACAUGGGCUCCAGCUUGAACCUCUCCGCCACUGUCGAAGCCCUCAUGCUCGGCAUCGUCAUGGGCACCGUUCCCAUCACGGUUUUCGGCCUUUUCGUCUCCGCCUGGCUCCAGUUCAAGAAGGGCCCAACCCUGGGCAUCUGA